AUGCAAACUCUAGUUCAAUAUCACUUUCAUUCAAUCUUAAAUGUUCUUAUUCAUUUUUCAUUUUCACUUACACAAUUAAUUAGUAUACUUGCCAUAUUAGGAAUACAAAUUGCGUUAACAAUCACACAAACAUGUCCCUAUCAGUUUGGCAUCGGUUUUUGGUCAUUUCCGUUUUUGCUCAUGUCACCGCUGAGCAUCUGGUUCGUCCUUUGGCGGCGCAAUUCUAUUGCAUGUUUCAUCGCUAUUCUCUUACAGUUUUGUUCAACAUUAUUUGCAACAGCUAUUCUAAUUGUUAGUUUUCUUGUAUUAAUCAAUCGCACGAGUUUCAUCUGUUCCCUAUCGUCAUUAAAUUCAUUUUAUAUUAUAUUAAAUGGUUCAUUAAUUGGUAUAGUAUUACUUUUUAAAUUAUUUAGUUAUGGUGAAGUUUUGUUACUCUAUUUCGUCCUUCGAAAUAUGGAUGAUUCAUCAUCGAUAUUUUUUCAAGACAAUUAUGAAAAUAAUGAGCCAAAUUGCAUUCAUGUGAAUGUUUGGCGUUCAUGGUCAGCUGUUAUUGAUGAAAAUCAAAGAAACUCAGAAAUCUUUUUUGCUUAA